AUGAAGUGGAUCCAUCGCGACGUCAAGCCAGACAAUUUCCUCAUCAGCGCGAGUGGUCAUUUGAAGAUCUCGGACUUUGGCCUCGCAUUUAAUGGUCACUGGGCACACUGCCAAGCGUACUACAAUGAGCAACGUGAGACACUCCUCGAGAAGAUCGGCAUCAAGAUCCACGGUGACGAGUUCGACGCACAAGAGGAGCUCGAUGGCCAGCGAGAUGGCACCGACAGCAAAGGCAAGAGUCCGUUGAGGUCUGACCCAGAAGAAGGUGCUCGUCGCGAAGGCUUGCUCAACUGGCGCAACAGGACUGAACGUCGCAAGCUUGCUCGCAGUGUCGUCGGCACGAGUCAAUACAUGGCGCCAGAAGUGGUCCAAGGUCUGCCAUACGACGGACGCUGCGACUGGUGGAGCAUUGCAAUCAUCCUCUACGAAUGCCUCUACGGCCGUACACCCUUCUACUGCGAGAAUCGGCAGAAGACGAAAGAAGCUAUUGUCAACCACAGAGCCGCGUUAGACUUUCCUGACAACGAGCGCUGGGCCCGGCCAACCUCUGACGCAAAGCGAUGGCUUCCGGCACCAACUCAUGUUGCCAUCGAGCUGAUGCAACAACUCCUGACCGACAAAGAAGCCCGCCUCAGCUCCCGCCAAUACCGCGCUCGCGAAGUGGGCCUAGGACGACGCCUCUCCGCUGCCUCCAACACGAAUAGCCUCCUCACGCGCCACGUCUACCCCAACGGCGCCGAAGAGAUCAAAACCCAUAAAUUCUUCCACGGCAUUCCGUGGUCGCAGAUGCACAUGAUGACGCCGCCCUUCGUCCCGAGGGUGAAGGAGAACCAAAGCAUCACAAAGUACUUCGAGGAUGAGAAGGACAUCGUAUCCAACGACUCGUCCAGCUACAUCAGCAUCAAAGACAAGAUCUCCCGAGAACAACUCGACCGCGGCCUCAGCGACUCAGACCUCGCACAAGUCCUCGGACACCACUAUCCCCGCUGGAAAGCCGAACGGACCAAAAUCGAAAAACACGAACUCGGCCUCGAAGACUGCUCCGAUGACGAGCUCCAACGCAUCAAAGAACACUGCGGCACCAACUACGAGCACUGGCGCGCAGAACGGGUCGUCGAAGUCGCCGAAGCACGCAUUGAGCAAGGAUGCGAGGAACCCCCGCCGUACGGGCUGCAGAACGGAGGCAAGAGGGAGCAGAAGCGGGCGAGGGAUAAGAUGUUGAGGGAUCCGGUGGUGGGGAAGCAGUGUCUUGAGUUGAGGAAGAAGGGGGCGUUUUUUGGGUAUACGUAUCGACGACCUAGGACGCUGGAGCUGAGGGAGGUGGGGAAUGGGAGGGUUAGGAGGAGUGGGGGAGCGGUGGGUGGGAGACCUACGAUUUUGCCGGUUAGUGAGGGGGUGGAGAAGGGGAGUGGGAGGUUGAGGGUGCAGGGGUUUCCGGGGGAGAUAAAGGAGAAGGAGAAGGAGAAGGAGGGAUAG